AUGUUCACCAAGAAGGCCUCAUUCAAGCCGUUUGCGGCCAUAAAGGGAUCCGAGCGGAAGAAGACGCUGCAAGGAAUCGGAGCACAGCUAGAAAUCUCAGUUGAGGGUCGCAAUGAUCUGCUUCCGAAAGCCGUGCAGUCGGCAAAGUGUAUAUUGCAUUCAGGCGCCAAGGCGCAGGUUUUCAGCGCAGAUUCUCAUCCAUUGUGGAUUGUUUUGCGGGAUAAAUUGGUUCCUACUGUUUACAUGCUUCAGAUCGAUCCAGAUCUUGUUCCAGCGGUUUACACUGUUCCCAAUACCCGGCAGUUUCUCCAGAAUGGCGCGGACUUUAUGAUCCCCGGGAUUUUCGGCACCUUACCAGAAGCUAAAGCCGGUUCAGUUGUGCAGGUUCGCACCUUGGAGGGUGAGUUGUUAGCAGUCGGAUUUGCUUUGGUCGACAUGCAGUCGGUUAAAGAGGACGAUAAAGGCAAAGCAGUGGAGAUUGUGAAUUUUGUGGGAGACACUCUUGUUCCGGAGAACGAAAUGCCUCCAAGAAAAUCGCAGGAGCCACCGAGCGUACCCGUAGAGCCCCAAGACUCUCAACCCGUAGAGGAGAAAGAAGACGAUGAAGACUAUCUUGGGGAAGGCGAAACACUCACUUCGGAAGAAGCGGACGAGGCAUUCGACUACGCUCUGCGAAAAGUUUUGUCAGUUACGCACUCAUAUCCUAUGGCAUCGUCGUCUUUCGCUUCUUUGCUGAAUGAGAAUCUACCAUACUCACACCCUGAACUGAGCAUCAAGAAGACGUCUUAUAAAAAACUCACCAAGUUUCUGAAAUCAGCCGAAAAACAAGGGAUUAUGACACUUAAAGAGAGACAGAAUGAUCUGAUCAUUAUGAGUGCAAAGCAAAACGAAGAAAAUCUGCCGCCUGCUCCGAAAUCACGACAAAGGGCACCUAAACCAUCAGCAAUGGAAGUACAGCUGUAUUACAGCGCCCGGUCGUUAGCUCGCGAAGUGAUUGCCCCAGCGGCUAUUGACCAAUACUAUACCGCAUCAGAUUUGCGCAAAAUGGUCAAUAACUAUAUCUCUUCGAACGACCUGGCAGCUGGUGCCGAAGUAAAAGUUGACGACUCCCUUCGAAAGGCAUUAGGACUAAAACAGGAUGUUACGCUAGUCAAACGAGAACAGGUCAUGACCGACUUUCUCAAAAACUGCAACAUGUUCCACACUAUUCGUAACAGCAACGAUGACAGCCCCGUGAAGAUGUUGAAAGGAGGAGUCCCGCACAUUGAAAUCAAGACCGAGCGUCGAGGCGGAAAUAAAGUCGUUACUAAAGUCGCUGGUCUUGAAAAGUUUUUGAUAGACCCCAAGGCAUUUGCAGAAAAACUCCGGGUGGUUUGUGCUGGUUCCACUACGGUGCAAGAGGCACGAACGGGCCUGGAGGUUAUUGUGCAGGGCGACCACACGGCGAAAAUCAGUAAGGAGCUCGAGCGUCGCGGAAUCAAACAGAGCUGGCUCAAGUAG